CUCAAGGUACUCAGUAACCAAAUCUAACAGUCUUGUAUUACUCUGGGAACAACUGAACUUUUCACCGCCACCGCCGCCUCUUUUUCUGGGUUGAAGCGCAAGUCUUGAAAACAAAUCAGGAAAGAAAAGGAUGUAUGUGGGGUUCUUUUUCGUGGGUUAUAUGCUUGUUGUCUGUUUGUCCUAUUCGUCGGGUCGCAGCACUCGAGCAGCGUCGGAUCAGUACCUGAAGAAAGCGAAUAAAAUUCUGGAUGAAACCCCGCUUGUGGACGGGUGAGUAUUUAAAAGAUUUGUUAUCAUCAGUCAACAAUUCAUCGAAAGGAAAGUUUGUCUUUCGUUCAAUUCUUCACCACCUUUUGAACAAGGAUGCACGUGAAUUUUUACUAUUUUGAGUGCAUGCAUCCCCAAUAUAUCUCUUACAGCGAGGUGCCCCUGAAUUUAUGCAUGGUUAAUGUUGGCCUUUGACCCUAGGAUGAUCAAUAGAGAACCGAUUGCUUUGCGUUCGUACAUUCCGUAAAGUCUAAUGCAUAAAAUGUUAUUUAAGAUUAUUAAAUUUUUUUAUGGGCGAUUCCGACGACGGGUUAAAACCAAUGUUUGAGGACUGAGGUUAUGUACAGGUAGAAAUAAGAGCGUCGGCACUAUUACGUAACUUUCAAGGCGGGGGUUAGAGGGAGCGGGGGGGAGGGGCAACCCACGGGAAAUUUGAAACGUUCAGCUUUUCAAAUAUCAAUAUCCCCACCUUUGAGUCCCCAUUUAUGAGUCCAAUUCCCGUCCCUGGGCACAGGGUCCAGAGGAGUUUCGUGUGAAUAAAUGAAUUACUUAUUUAAAGUCUCACCUUGAAAAAUGUCUAUAUCUGUCGCUUAGCACGAUUAAUUAGCCCAAAUUAAUGGAAUCUUUAUUAUGAGUCUACUGUAAACGAUUUCUUCGCUUCUUAUCUGACUCAGAUCGACUUUGUUGUUCGCCAUUUUUUCAGAGGUUUUCGACGGGUUUUGAUGUUUCUAACGACAAACACAUCUCCUCUGGACCCUGUGCCCUGGGGCGAACCAAUAGGCACUUACUCCACUUUAUUGCAGCACUCAUCAUAGCCUGCUAAUACAUUGCAGCCGUUUCUCCUCUGUCCUCGCCGCUAGGGACGUUUCGAGUAGCAAGGUGAAACGGCUGUAUCCGCAGGCUACACUCAGCGUCUCCAGAGAGUAAUUUCUCAGUGACAAAACUUGAAACUUUGUGCAUUUCCCUAAUUGAAGAAGACAUAUUUUAGCUAGAUAUUUAGCGUGGAUGGCAAUUUAACACACGGUCUAUACUCCCGAAAGUAUCUGUGAAUUGUUUCACAUAGUAUUUACAUGGAUACAAAAUGAGCAAUGUUAGAACAUGUCAUCAUCGAGAGGUGUUAAUGUCUAAGGGCUAAUGUUUGUAACGGAGGUCCAGAAUUUCUUUUAAUUGGACAUUUGGAGUAUGCUAGCAAAUCUGACACAGGAUUCCAAGACUAUUUUAGGUAUGUACGUUUGACUUAUGAUCUUUCUCGAUAUCGAAAUCUUGCGGCAAGGCGGCAUCAAGUGAAAACAAGUAGAAAGCAUAUUUUCAUAUGAGGUUUUGUGCGAUACUUCUCUUCACAGGUGAGGGACAAAAUAGUUUUUGUACUGAAACGUCGAUGGGUGUUAAAAACACCAUUUUUUGCUUAAAAAGCGACAAGAUAUUCCUAACUUUCGUUUUCCUAUCCUUCACGAAGAAAUCAAAGCGUUGAAACGCAGCAAAUUCAUCCGAAUGACCACUGGGUAUUUUCUAAGACGGCGGAGCACUUAUCACUCAUUGCCAGGUCCUCUCCACUUUUCAAUAUGAUAGCUGAGGCUGGGGGCGUUCAGGAUGAAAAAAACCUCACUCACAUACGCUUCACUAAGUCAAAUUUACGUGGGUUGCCCCCAACCCCCCCCCCCCCCCCCCCCCCCCCCCCCCCCCCCCCCCCCCCCCCCCCUCCCCCCCGCCACCCCGCCCCCCGCUUGGUCCCGUUCUCGAUAUCCAGACCGCGGCGCGCUGGCAGGGACCGACCGAGGGUUGUUGUUUUUAAAAAACCCCACCCCCCCUCCCCUCACCUAAUCCAAAUUUCGGGGGGUGCCCCCCCCCCCCCCCCCCCCCCCCCCAAAUCCUAGGGCUGUCUGGGCCACCUAUGAGCCAGAGCCAUUAUGGCUCUUGCUGUGAGUCAUGGAAUUUACAGCGAGGCUCGCGCAAGUCUGGAGCACAUCUUGUGGUGCUUCAUUAGUUGACGUCUAAAACCUGCAGUUGCAACAAACAACGAGAAGAAAAUAUAACGAAAACAUUUGAUUGACUUUCAGCUAUUGAAACACUAUUAUUGGCCUUCGCUGGAAACCACGUUCCCGGAAUAAAAUUUUGGAAUAUUUGAGGGACACCCGACCUGGGCAACCGAUAAAGUUCGUCUUCUAGUGGUUUUUCAUUUAAAUCACUUGAAAACAGAUAAUAAAUCCACCCCAGGAAUAGAUCAUGAGUAUUCCAUCAUUUAUCGGUGUACAGCUCCCCUCCCCCCCCCGCCACCCUUUCCAGCCCUCCGGGAAAAAAAAUGGUGAAGGGGAUGCUGUACACACGGUUUCAGGAACGUGGGCGCUCGUGAAAAUCCCCACUCAGAUGCGAUAACACCUUGCCGAAGCGCAUAAUUUUUUUUAAUAUUUAAUAUGCUCAACCUCAUCACGAAGGUUUCCUUUCAUCCAUUUCAGGCAUAACGACAUUCCGUAUCAGAUUCGCAUCAAGUACCACAAUAGAUUCGAGAAUCUGACGUUCGGGACAAACGAAUCAACGUGGCAUACAGACAUACCACGGCUGAGGAAAGGAAAAGUCGGUAGCCAGGUAAACAAUCACGUAAAAAGUUAUGUUCUGGGGUCACGAUCGUGGGCAAAAAACCAUCUGUAUCUUCUCAGGAUCUCUUAUAUACUUUGUCGAAACAAAAACUGAAUGGGAUCAGUAUCUGACAUGUGGACUAGGACGUAUGUGUAAGAUACUGACCACACAGAUUGUCCCACUUGCUCUACUGCCUGCCAUCACAUCUUAACCGAUGUGAUAGUACGAGGUCCGAACGCUUCUAUCAUUGUUCUAUGCACAUCAGGGACUCCUUUGUAUGAUCAACAUCUGGCCUGGUACCGCUGCCCCACUAUUAGCCAGAUAAAGAAAAGAUAAUACAACGUCACUGAGAACGCUAAGGUGUGCGGAAUGGAUUGUACGCGUCUAUCGGGACUCAGUAUAAAAAAAUAACUUAAUUCCGCGAUUUGGCCAAAAACUGCAUUAGAGAGAACUAAAUUUUGCGGAAAUUGUCAAAAUACUGAUCGAGAUUAACAAAUUAUUCGAAUGGAUCCUCGGGAAGAAGAGCUUACUCACCGUUAACUACCCCAGAAACUCCUACUUUCUCUCAUCCUGGUGACUAAAGAAUUAUUAAUAUCGAGGGAUUUUUUGCGAACACUUUUUUUUCGCGGGUCUUCAAUUUCGCAAUUUUUUUAAAUCCUGGAAAUUAGUGACAAAAAGGUAUUUGCUGACUAUCCAAUUUAAAGGGAAGAAUUAUGUUAUGUAUUUCGCUGCGGAAGGAAAACGUUGUCGUGCGAUCAACACGUCCAUUUUAUCUUGAAAAAGCUCUCGUGUUGAGGUUUCGAGCUGGACUCGUGUUGGGCUUUCGCUAGAUCGUGUUGGGUUUCGAGCCACAUUUCUUGGUUAUAAUAAUAACUUAGAGAAAUAGUUAGGUGGGAUUCUUCAACGUACAAAUGAAUUAAGUACAACGAUAGAAAGGUCACAGAAAUGCAUAAUUUCUCAAAAACUGCGAAAUUGUAAAAAGGUUCGCGUUGAAGUAAGUUUGCGUGCCGACGUCUCCUACUUCGUUGAUUUUGGGGCUCUAGGAAAAGGGAGAGUAUGUCUCUUUACAUAGAGCAACAAUGGAAAUAGGACUGAGACGUCUGCGAGCAGGCUACGUCGCAAUAACAGUCGCUGCUUAACUUCUUUAUCAAAAUGACUGCUAUAUUUUGACUUCAUGAGUAUUUGGUUUUAACUUAUUAUCAUUGAUUGCUAAUAAUGUAAGUACACUUUUCAUCUUUAUACUUUAAAACUUUAGUUUGUACGUAUAUAAUAUAUUUGCCUCAACCAGCUGGCUAACUGUUGUGUUUUUUGAAAGAUGAUAUUUUUACAAUUAAGCAAUUAAGUCUUACAUAAUACCGUAAAUAAAGUUUCCUCCCUCUCAAAUAGCCGCCCGUUCUCUAAUAAGCACCACCCCCGGCUUUUUUCAGGAAAAGAUACUUAUUAGUCCCCCCCCCUUUUAGCCCCCCCCCCCCCCCCAACCCCCUCCUCUAGCCCCUCCUUUCAUUUGCUUCACAAACGAAUUAAUAAUUGAUAAAAGUAUUAAUCAAUCGCGACUGUAACAAUUCCCGCCAUGUGGACUGAUCAAUAGCCGGUUUACAGUCGACUCUCUCUUAACGGACACCUCUAUAAGACGGACACCUCUGUAAAACGGACACCUAGAGUUGGUCCCUGCCUUUGCUUAUUCCUUUUAUUUGACUAUUUAUAAGACGGACAUCUCUGUAAGACGGACACUUAGUGCCGGUCCCAUAGGUGUCCGUCUUGGAGAGAGUUGACUGUAUCCACUUCCUAGACGUUUGGAUUUGUUUUGAUCUUGGGCCUCAAGACCUCGAGCUUCCCUCGCAGACUUCAACAUUUUUUUAAAAUGGAGAAUCGAUACCAUUUUCUAGUUGUUUGAAAAAGCAGUAAAAUUGAGUAAGCCCCACCUCUCAAAUGAGCGCUCCUCUCUAUUAAGCCCCCACCCUCAAUUGCGCCCAUGAAAUAAUUAAGGCCCGCGGGAGGCUCAAUAGAGGAUUUGCAUGAUAAAUAAAUACAUAAAUAAAAGCUCCUUCACAUUUCAGUUCUAGCAUUCCUGAUCCCUAUCCGUUGACUGUCUCCAUUUUCUCUAGCCGUGCCGUCACACAAAACGAAUUUUCAUUUUCAGUUUACACUCAGUGUUUUUAUCGCAAUAAACUAAAUUAGAUCUCUCAAACUACCCUCGACUCUUCUUAAUGAGUGUUCUUUAAUACCGGUUUGUUAGGACCACAUUUUCGAUGUGGCAAAUUCACGCACCCCUUUCAGAAUAAUAUUCUCGAUUUCCGCUUCUCUUUUCCCCUAAAAUCCCGAAUCCUGGCAUCAAAUGAGGAAAAUCCCAGAUCCCGGAAAACCUAUAUAUAGGGACCUUCCUUUGUAUCAUCAGUGUUUCGUGUCCAAAUAAACUAAGUUGGCAUUUCUAAACCCUUGCAGUUUUGGGCAGCUUACGCUCCAUGCAGUGCUCGGCUGAAAAAUGUUGUUAGAAUAGGCCUUGAACAAGUCGCAGUUAUCAAACGGCUGGUGGAAAAAUAUCCGAAGGAUCUUGAGUUCGUCACAACGGCUCAAGGCAUAAGGGAUGCUAAGAAGAAUGACAAGAUUGGCUCCUUGAUUGGACUAGAGGGUGGUCACAUUAUUGACUCAAGUCUUGGCAUGUUGAGAAUGUUCUAUAAACUUGGAGUGAGAUACAUGACCCUGACUCACUCGUGCAAUACUCCAUGGUAAUUUUAUUUAUGUGCACAUGUAUAUUGUAGUUAAUGAUUAUGUGACAAAUCAAACAGAUUCCUCUUUAAAUUCGUAAGGUUCAAAAAGGCCUCCAUGCGAGAAGCAUACAAACCCAAAGAUGUAUUUGCAGCAACAAAACAUUGCUGGAACGUUUUCUAAUAUUAUUAAGAAGACUAAAUUAAGGCUAUAGUAGCGAUAGCCGUAUGCAGUUGUCUUUCGCCAUGAACGAAGACAAGAAAGAAUAAAUUGCUACCUGAAAAGUCAGGCUCAAUUUUUUAAGUUUUGUUAUAACAUGUUGGAUAAACUGCUAAAAAUAAUCCCUUUUGCUUCCCUUUUAGCCCUUUGGUGCGUUUGAUGUCGUUCGUUUAAAAAAGAAAAAGUUCGCACCCAUAAUUUUACCAUUAUUCUUUCAUUCCUAUCCACCAUGUUUAAAUUCUAGAUCCCAGAGCACGGUUUGCCAAGUUUUCAUAUAAGGAUGAUUGGGGAGCAAGGGUUGCGCAGUGGUGAGAGCACUCGCCUCCCACCAAUGUGGCCCGGGUUCAAAUCCCGGCUUGGACACCAUAUGUGGGUUGAGUUUGUUGUUGGUUCUCUCCUUUGCUCCGAGUAGUUUUUCUCCGGGUACUCCGGUCUUCCCCUCUCCUCAAAAAUCAACAUUUCCAAAUUCCACUUCGACCAGGAAUCAGGUAGACGAAGAACCACUACGGGGAUGUGCUACCUGCAAAUCGUUAUUUACUUAUUUAUUUAUUUAUUUAUUUUUAUUUAUUUAUUUAUUUAUUUAUUUAUAAGGAAAUGUAUGACAAAAAAGUUGUAUAGACGGAGGGUUCGCGGUACGAGAGGACAUCCCUGGACUAUUCCGUGACUUUUGCUUUUGAAUCUAUAGGGCUGAUGCAUGGAAGGAUGAAUCUGGAGAAGUCCAUAAUGGUCUGACUGAAUUUGGAAAAGUAAGUUAUAUCAAGAGAGAAUAAUACUAAGGACAGAAAGGGAAUCUUAGGGCGUUGGCCGGGAUAUGUGAAUUUCAUUUAAACUGUAAUGAAACGAAAGUCUUAUUCCUCGAACGUCCACAUAUUUUAAUCGAUUGUUCGAAAUGUCAUCAAGUCUACGCGUGUCUGCCUCAUAACCAAAACAAUGCAGAAUAUUGUAAUAGCGAAUGUAAUUCUCUAUUGAGAACACUGAAUAAAAAUUUGCGGACCUUUCCAGACACCAACUUCCGAUUAAUUAAAGCAUUUUAAAACUGGUUUAAAAAUAAAUUUGGUCCCGGAAAUUCACAUAUUUCAAGGGCUGGACUGGGCGUUUCUCUCUCUACCCCAUUUCUCUCUUGGUUGCAUUAAAAGAAGGUGCAGUGUCCAGCAUGUCAUUCGCAUGUGGAAAAGAACACAAUCGAGAAAAUAGAAAUAGAACCUGCGACGUUUUAGGUAACGGGUGCUUGGCUGUUCGAUCCAAAUGAGCAAAUCUUGUGGCAAGUUAGUUCUCAUUCACGAGGGUAGGUCUGACAAAUGUGAUGGCAAGUAACCUGCUUAUUAUUAUUAUCAGAAAUAUCCAAUAAGUUUUGUGUGGUACUGUAAAGAAGGGAGGGUGGUAUUUAAUAUCAAACGAGAAAAUCAGUCGUCGAUGACGCGAACAAAGGCAAUGAACAAGACCUCGUUGGGACUCGACAUCGUGAAUCUGAUAGAAACCAAAGCUAGACUGGCCUUGUCUGCGCCCGGAUUAAAGUUCGAAUGCCUCCUAAAAAUAGGCCCUUUGCAUUGUUCCUCCAAUCAAUAAAGACAUUUCUUAUUCUGAACUGAUAUACUCAAUUAUCAGUUUCUGGCUCGUGAAAUAAUACUACUCAUUAAAUAACCUUCACCAGAAAAUGUUGAACUCCAUCCCAGCUGUUGCUAACCUUUUUAAUGAAGCCCCUUAGUUUACAAUACAAAGCUAAAGAAGUAAAUGCCGUCGUUAUUUUAGCUGGUCGUGCUUGAAAUGAAUCGACUGGGAAUGUUAGUUGACUUGUCACAUGUGUCCGUCCAUACAAUGAAUGAUGCACUUGAUACUUCUAAAGCCCCAGGUGACAAGAUUGGCUCCUUGAUUGGACUAGAGGGUGGUCACAUUAUUGACUCAAGUCUUGGCAUGUUGAGAAUGUUCUAUAAACUUGGAGUGAGAUACAUGACCCUGACUCACUCGUGCAAUACUCCAUGGUAAUUUUAUUUAUGUGCACAUGUAUAUUGUAGUUAAUGAUUAUGUGACAAAUCAAACAGAUUCCUCUUUAAAUUCGUAAGGUUCAAAAAGGCCUCCAUGCGAGAAGCAUACAAACCCAAAGAUGUAUUUGCAGCAACAAAACAUUGCUGGAACGUUUUCUAAUAUUAUUAAGAAGACUAAAUUAAGGCUAUAGUAGCGAUAGCCGUAUGCAGUUGUCUUUCGCCAUGAACGAAGACAAGAAAGAAUAAAUUGCUACCUGAAAAGUCAGGCUCAAUUUUUUAAGUUUUGUUAUAACAUGUUGGAUAAACUGCUAAAAAUAAUCCCUUUUGCUUCCCUUUUAGCCCUUUGGUGCGUUUGAUGUCGUUCGUUUAAAAAAGAAAAAGUUCGCACCCAUAAUUUUACCAUUAUUCUUUCAUUCCUAUCCACCAUGUUUAAAUUCUAGAUCCCAGAGCACGGUUUGCCAAGUUUUCAUAUAAGGAUGAUUGGGGAGCAAGGGUUGCGCAGUGGUGAGAGCACUCGCCUCCCACCAAUGUGGCCCGGGUUCAAAUCCCGGCUUGGACACCAUAUGUGGGUUGAGUUUGUUGUUGGUUCUCUCCUUUGCUCCGAGUAGUUUUUCUCCGGGUACUCCGGUCUUCCCCUCUCCUCAAAAAUCAACAUUUCCAAAUUCCACUUCGACCAGGAAUCAGGUAGACGAAGAACCACUACGGGGAUGUGCUACCUGCAAAUCGUUAUUUACUUAUUUAUUUAUUUAUUUAUUUUUAUUUAUUUAUUUAUUUAUUUAUUUAUAAGGAAAUGUAUGACAAAAAAGUUGUAUAGACGGAGGGUUCGCGGUACGAGAGGACAUCCCUGGACUAUUCCGUGACUUUUGCUUUUGAAUCUAUAGGGCUGAUGCAUGGAAGGAUGAAUCUGGAGAAGUCCAUAAUGGUCUGACUGAAUUUGGAAAAGUAAGUUAUAUUCUAAAGAAGUAAAUGCCGUCGUUAUUUUAGCUGGUCGUGCUUGAAAUGAAUCGACUGGGAAUGUUAGUUGACUUGUCACAUGUGUCCGUCCAUACAAUGAAUGAUGCACUUGAUACUUCUAAAGCCCCAGGUAUGUUAGUCUGCUCGUAGAGUGCGAACAGGCUAACUUGUAAAAGUUUUGAGGAUAUUUUUGGCGGCGUAACUGCCAGCGCGUGAAGAAAAGUUAGCCUGCUCGCGGGCUAUCUCUUUCUCGCCCCAUUCUUCUCGCCGGCUUUGCCUGCUCGCGGAGCCACGAACUCGUACAAUUGAGCCUGGUCGCUGGCUAGUCUGUUCAUUAUUUUAUAUCAGUAGAUUCAAAUGUUUAAAUAUCCGCCGCACCUGGUAAAAGAGGCGGUCUAAUGUUGGGAUCUUUUGCUAUGAAAAUCUUGUCGUCUCGGUUUCUCUCCUUACGUUAUUUUAUCUGUAGGGUACUCGUGUUAUUUCUCGACUGUUUCCCGCAAAUUUUAUCUUGAACGGUUUUAUUGUUGUUCUCCCUGCAGGCUAGUCUUCUCCUUAAUCUUUGGCUUCCUUUAGUGGUAGCCCAGAUACCUUAUUUAAUUUGCUCUACAUUUCAAAUGAGGCAGAAACUACAUCCAUAUCUCAGAAGGGGUUCGGACUCCUCGUGUGGUUUAGACAACGUAGUAUUCGUUAUCAAUUCUUUUUAAGAAGACGAAAAGCUUAUCAGUAACAGGAAAUUAAGAAGAGAAAAAGCCAAGUUAGUAGGAAAAGAAGUGAGAAAACAGAGCUGUGAUUAUGGUUUGGACUUAUGUAUAAUGAUUAAUGUUAAGGACUGACUUAGAAUUAGCUUUUAUUUACCGUUUUGAAAAAUUGUAUUUACUGUUUCUUUUUACAUUCACACGUCCGCUGUGUGAUUACGAUAGGCGGAUGUAAAACUACCUUUAAUUGGCGACGUUUUAUGGAGACAAUACUUUGCUUUCCCUUUUUUCAACCCAGGUUCAAUUUAGUAAAACUUUUACAAGGUAAUUUACAAGUUUAUUCAUUUUUUUAGGGUCUGAAAACAAUAGCUACACUUUUAAAUCACACUUGAAGAAAUUUUAUUAAAUUGACCCCCGGAUGAAUAAGAAUUAAACUCCAGUAAAAACUGUCUUCAUUUGGAAAAUUUAGCGAGGCUACAUAAGCUCGAUAAAGUUUGCCGAAACAACGCUAAUUCUUUUUCAGUAAUGUUUUCGAUGCUGUCGUCGUUGUGGCUGCUUCAAGGCGAUGUUACACGGGACGAUUCUCAACGACGAUUUUUUGCACAACACAGCGUUGCAGUGUUGGAACAAUGUUGCAACCAUUUGAGCCAAUGCUGUAACAAUGUUGCAACGCUGUGUUGCGCUAAUAAUCGUCGUGGCGAAUUGUGUACUGUAACAUAAGUUCAUGAGACGGUAACCUACCUAAUAUAUAACGCACCAGUGCUAACUUAACUGUUGUUAUUCCAGUGAUUUUUAGCCACUCAUCUGCUUUUGAUAUUCACUGUCCCCAUGGCCGGAAUGUUCCUGAUACUGUUCUGAAAAGAAUGGUAAGAUUUUGGUUUUGUCCUUUGUGCCGUGAGGUGUGGUGUUUCCUGGUGAACUCAAUCGAACGUUCGGUUACACAACUUAAUCCAACUUAAUUUAGUCUAUGGAUUGAGUUCACGGAAUUGAGUUCAGCAAUCGAGUAUAAUAUCGAACAGCACUUUUUCGACUUUGUUUGUUAACAGAAUUAAAAUAUGCAUGCUGACUCCGACUAUUAUGGUUUAAAAAGUUAAAUCCAUUAAUAUGUCAUUUCCUCAUCUCUGUUGUAGAAAGAUAAUAAAGGCGUGGUCAUGGUGAAUUUCUACGAUAAAUACAUCAGAUGCACAGCUAAUAAAAGUUUACCAGCAAAUUUAUCGCAUGUGGCAGGUUUGAGUCUAUGAAUAGCGAGUUAAAGCAACAAGAAUGCUGAUUUCCCACGCGGACAUGUUUCUUCUCAUGGAGCUUCUGCGUGAGACUGCGAGUUUAAAAGCCUUUGGUUUUGUUUUGUUUUGUUUUGUUUCGUUUUUCCUGUAAUGCUUAUGACGUUAUCGAAUCAGACAACUGAAGGGGAGAUCUGAGAAGAUAAUCUUUUUAUUUUUCACGUCAAUGACGUAACUUAGGCCCGGUUCAAACGCCGAUCUUUUCAUGAGCCGAAGCUAAUUCGAAUUAAGGCCGACCCAAAUUAUUCAGACGGGCUAAAUAGAUUCAGACGCCGAUCUUAAUUCCAUCCAAACUAAAUUCAAAAGGAGAAAAAUGCUUAUUUCGGUCAAACUGCUUACAAAAUAGUUAAAAUAAUUUAUCCAUUAGGUUCGGUACAUGAAAAGUUCGUCGUCUGAAUCAAAGCCGUUCCAAAGUCGCUCCACAGGUGAAAUUCCCUGCUGCGCUAGGCGAAAUGAACGGCUGAGCCGUUCCAAAUUGAGUUCGGCUCAAGAAAAGUUCGGCGUCUGAACCGGGCCUUAGAGUUGAAAUAAAAGCCUGGAUCGAAAAAUCAUUUUUUCCCGAAAACCUAUUAGACCCAGACUUUAAACUACUUGAGUUUGUUUAAAGUCACCAGGAAAUAUAUAAAUAAAUUUAAAUCUACUAACGUAACCAGACUGGUAUUUCAGUAAAAAGUUGAUUUCAAAGCUGACUUAAAGCUGAAUUCGUUUUGAAAGCGUUCUACAUUUCAUUACAGACCAUAUUGAUCACAUCAAGAAGGUUGCAGGAAUAGAUUACGUGGGCCUUGGAAGUGAUUACGAUGGUGUCCCAACGUAAGUUAUGUAAUACUUAUCACUCAAUAGGGAGUUUAAGUUAAGCAUCUUCGACAGCUACAGCGACGGGAACUUAAAACAAUGUGUAUGCAAACUUUUUCAGGGACAACAAAGGGUAUGCAAAACUUAUUCAACUCCAGAGAGUUUGUCUACCUUUAGUUUUCCAAUGGAAUUCAGCAAGGCAGGUUGAACAUCGCGAAUUCUUUUGAAAGUUCUUUUUCGUUUUCAUUGCAUGCUGUCACAGUCGUAGUUGGUUAAGCUCCCCUGCCAAUUUACUUGUUUGAUGGUGUAGAUGGGUGGUGAAGAUGCGGGAUAAGCUUUUAAAUUACCUUCAGUUGACACUUUUUAAUUUGUUUUAAAUGUUUAUCUUCAAUAUUUUUACCGCAAAGAGUGAUCUUGAAAACCCAUCUUCAGUGCUGGUGAGUCGGCCAGUUGCAAAGGACUUUACGUCAGGAGAUGUAUGAUUCAGGCUUUCAUACAGCGAUCGAGAAAAUUAGUGCGCAAAACGCGCGGAGGCCCUUUUCCCAGGUCACGUGCAUCAGUAUUAUUUCCUCUUGAACUUAUUUGCACAAUUUUUAAAAUGCACAAGUUAUUGUUGUUAUUAUUAAUAUUAAAAUUAUUAUUAUUAUUAUUAUUAUUAUUAUUAUUAUUAUUAUUAUUAUUAUUAUAAUUACUAUUAUUUUCGCGACGAAUGCACAAUCUGAGAGCCUGUCGUGGAACAGCCUACCGGGUAUAGGUUAAACGUACUUUGCGUACUAACAUUGUGGACGUCGUGUCUUCGUGUGAAAAUGCCUUAUGAUGUUUGACUGCUCUUUCGAUGUCAUUACAGCUUACCCCAAGGCCUGGGUGAUGUAGCAAAGUUUCCCGAUCUGAUUGCUGAGCUUCUUAAGAGAGGUUACUCUGAAGAAGAAGUCAAAAAAGUCGUUGGCGAAAACCUUAUUCGAACCUUCAAAAAAGCAGAGGAGGUAUACCGCUGAGUCAAAUGUUUCUCUAGCCUGCGAGCAAACUCUCCGGGGCGCUCUGGCGGCGGGGCGGGAAAAGGAAGGAGAGCUUGCAACUACGUCUCUAGAAUUUAAAUAGCUGCACCGUAAAGUGCUGAGAUGACAUUAGAAAUGACGUCAUUACCCUUAGCGCGUGUCGCUUCAAUGUUUGUUUACAUUCGCGCUCGUUUCCGCGUUCCGCUUCGCUCAGUCGACGGAGAGCCACAGGGGAAUUGGAGGCGGAAUUCAAAUUCCAGAGAAGGAAGCUUUCCUUCCUUUUCUCGCCCCGACGCCAGAGGGCCCCGGAGAGCUUGCUCGCAGGCCAAUGUUUAUCCAUGUAAUAUACACUAGAGUCCAAAAAGUAAGCAGUCCUUCGUUGGGGUAAGCAUUCCCCUCGUAACAUUUAAAAAUCCUCUUUUACGUGCCUCUCCCCUUUCUAUAGGCCUCCUUUUUAUAAAGGAAGAAGUGUUUUAAGCACUCUUUUAAGCCCCUCUCUCAUUUAACCCUGUAAGCCCCGAUAUCCACUUACAAAUUCUCCAAACUGGUCUCCAUACAUUUCCCUUAAGAAUUAGUUGAGAGAAUUUGAUAAUAGAUCAAAGCAUUCUCGCCUUAGUGAUCAUUUUAUUAACUCUCAUAACCUUUUUUCUUGGCAAAAUAUGGAUAUUGUUGGGAGAAAAUUGAUGUUGGUCACUGUUAGGACUUAUAGGGGUUAAGCCGUUCACCCUCCCCUUUUUCACAAAAGACAAAAAGACAAAAUACCGACUUUGUUUAGAAGUAUAAUUAUUGAUUAAUGACUGCACAUUUCAUGUGAAUGAUCAAAGUAUUGUCCAAUAGGACAUUUCCGAGUUUCAGAAACCGUCACUUUCAAAGCGAGGCCAAGUGGAAAACCUUUUUUUUAUAAUCAUUCCAUAUAAAAGACUUCUCGCUUAGAGGAUUAAAAAGGUGUAUCACUUAAAUCGCUAUGCCAGAAAGUCAUUUUGCUGAUCCAAAAACUCCAGUUUGCUUCUUCCUUUUUCUUUUCUAUAAUUUAAAACGCGCCUUAAGUAUGGAUAUUAUUUUACUCUUAAAAAACUGAAUAUAGAUUAACAAUUUCAACAAUUCUAUCAACCGUACCGAAACGAAAGAGAAGAAAAGACAAAACAUUUAUAACCUUAAUAUUACUUCCCAUCUUUUGGCACGCAGCCGUCACAUAGUGAAAGCCACCACCCCGUUGACAUCAUUUCCGUCCUGACUUCUUCCUGUUAUAAUUUGUUUCAUUUCAGGUUGCUCAAGAAAUGCAAAAGAAAAUGGCUCCCUACGAUGAGUAUCGCUUCUUCGCUAACAUCCCCUGCCGUCCAAACUACGGCGGUGGCUUGGGCGGUUUUCUGCCUUAUUACAACAGGACCAUCGUCGUUUCGCCGUUUAAAAUUUAA